CCUGUUAUGAUUUUCGUUAACUUUUCAAGGUUCCCGCCCUACGGCCCUAAUUUUCGUCAACGCCACAACUUGACGAAUUUUUGGAGGGAGAGAGAGAGAGAGAGAGAGAGAGAGAGAGAGAGAGAGAGAGAGAGAGAGAGAGAGAGAGAGAGAAGGAGAGAGAGAGAGAGAGAGAGAGAGAGAGAGAGAGAGAGAGAGAGAGAGAGAGAGAGAGAGAGAGAGAGGGAAAAACACGCAAAUGUUAACAGCUCGACCCUAUUCUUCGUCUAUUGCGCUACUACUUAUAAGAACAUGCAACUUCAUGCACCUGCAACGUUCCAAGAAAAAAUGAACCAUAUUUUAUGCCCACUCUUGGGCGAAUGCGUGGUGGUGUACCUGGACGACAUCCUCAUCUACUCGUGCGACAUGAGGCAGCACGUCGAACAGCUGCGAUGCGUCUUCGAAUUUUUUUCGACGAGAACGAUUCUACAUCAAAUUGUCCAAGAGCGAUUUCGCCUUCGAGAAGGUCCAAUUCCAUGGACAUCUAGUAAGCGCUCAAGGAGUUCACGUCGAUCCCAAGAAAAUCGAAGCCGUACGCACGUGGAAGACACCCGAGAACGUAAAAGAGUUGCAGCAGUUUCUUGGCUUCGCUAACUACUACAACAGAUUCGUGC